GCCAAUGAUGAACCUAUCUGGGGAAGUCAUUGGAAUUCAAUGUUUCGAAGUCUCACAAACAGAGCAUGGAUAUUGUAUACCUCUUGAUAAACAGAACCACAAAUUUGAAUAUGAUUAUAGUUUUAACGAUUACGAUAUGACUAGGUUUCCACCUUUGGCAAUAUUGCCACUCAAAUUUAUUCCUUCAAACAUAAAGCAAGCCAUAGCAGUCCAAUACAUCAAUAAAGUUUUUAGGAAAGUCUUUAAAAAUGAGCGAGCAAGUGAGGAUUGUGAUCUAAACGAAUUUAUAAGUGGGUUAUUUAAACAACGGAUUGGAAAACCCUCUUCGUCUUCUGCUCCUCCUACAGGGAAAUCGUCUCCACUUGGUCUUACUGGCACAAUGCAACAUACUUCUUACGAGGACAGUAGACUAAAAUCGGUAAUUAGGAGUUUGGCGCCUUCAGUGGUUUCUGUUUCCUACUUCACUGGGAUACACAGAAUAGUUGACUGCACGGGUUUCAUCAUUGACUGGGAUGUUUGUAAGGGAGUAGCUACAGUUCUUACUUCUGCUAAGUUAAUGAGGUCUCCUUUAGACCGCCACGAUUACCGUAUUGUUGUUCGACUUGCAAAUGGAAAAAUGCUUCUAGCUGAAGAGGACUAUGUUGAUUAUUAUCACAACAUAGUGACUUUUAAAGUAAACUCUAAUGUCAAACUGAUUCCCUUAGAUCUUUUUUCACCUGUGGACCUCCUUAGACCCUUAGAUAGUUAUUCAAAUCUACAAGGGGUUGAAGUAGUUGCGUUGGCUAGAGAUUUUUAUACUUGUGAAUUGACAGAAAGUUGCGGAUUAUUUAGCAGAGAUUAUCCAUGUUUUGGAUGUGUGCAACUUGCCAGCUCUACUUGUAGAACUACCCGGGCCGGUGAGGGAGGACCGCUUAUCACUGAAGCAGGUCAAAUUAUUGGCAUCAACUUUUUUGAUGGCCAUGGAUUUGUUCAUCCUCUUCCGACAUCAGUGAUUAGAUUAUGCCUGAGUAAUUGGAAUUCGCAUGGGAUUGUCAUGCAACCUUGGCUCGGGUUCACUGUGAUUGACUCGGAUAGUCUUGUUGUGAAAGAGGUGUAUGAAGGAUCGCCUGCUGAUAAAGUUGGAGUGCGAUCAGGUGACUCAAUCAGUGUUGUGACUGUUAACAAAAAGACAUAUGAAUUUUGUGGUCUUCAGCAGUAUGCUAAACUACUAAAUGGCGUAUCUGACAUGUUGAGUGCUUGUCCUCCCAACCAGACUGAUACGAAGGUUUUUGUAAGUGUAAAUGAUAAUAGUAAACUAGUGUGUGCCGAGAAUCUUAGUGUCAAUGACAAGAAUUUCUGUAGUAGAGCUAAAGGGUCGGUCAUGGCUUCUAAUUCCCUCAAUGAGGUCAACAACUCCAUCUCAAGGUUGAUAGAUGUGCUCAAGAUUGAAACAGCCAAAGCAAAGAAAUUGCAAGGUAAGAAGAAGGAUGGCAAGAAAGAUCCCAAAGAUUUGGAGAAGGAAUUAAAGAAGGUUAAUGAGAACAUCAGCAAAGCUGGAGCUUCAUAUUUGAAGGUUCUUGAUCAGUCUUCUAUUAUAUAUUAUCAUGUAAAUAAAUUUGAAGGUUUAAUUUUAAUUAUGUCUCAAAACCAUCUUAUCUUAGGGUCUUGAUUGAUGAAGAUUGUUGAUAUUAAUUAAGUACUUGU